AUGUCCAACUCAUCCUCCCUCAAGAAAGUCCUCGUCACUGGCGGUCUCGGCUACAUUGGCUCGCACGUGGUCGUCUCGCUCCUCCUUACUGGCAAAUACCUCCCCAUCGUCAUUGACAACUGCCACAACGCCUACCCAGAGGCUAUCAAGCGAUGCGCUGAGAUCGCACGUGACGAGAUGGGUGCCGACGCACCGCAGCCCAUCUUCCACCAGGUCGAUCUCCGCGACUCAUCCGCCGUCGAUGAAGUCUUCGCCAAGUACGCCGGCGAGGGCGGUAUCUGGGCGGUCGUCCACCUCGCUGCCCUCAAGGCGGUCGGCGAAAGCGGAGAGAUCCCUCUCCAGUACUACAAAGUGAACGUUGGCGGGUCCAUCGCUCUUUUGGAGGCAAUGGAAAAGUACAACUGCUCCAACUUUGUCUUUUCCUCCUCGGCUACCGUCUAUGGGACACCCAAGACCGUCCCUAUCCCCGAGUCCUCGCCGCUCCAGGCUGAAUCGGCGUAUGGCAGGACCAAGCAGAUGGUGGAGGUCAUCCUCCAGGAUGUCUGCCGUGCUUCCGCGGACAAGGGAGACAAGGCAGUCCACGCUGUCAGCGUCAGGUACUUCAACCCCGCUGGCGCCCACCCAUCCGGCAAGCUCGGAGAGGAGCCCAUGGGCAAGCCCGGAAACUUGCUGCCGCUCUUGGCGCAGAUUGCUGUCGGAAGGCAAAAGUCGGAUCUCAAGGUGUUCGGCGAUGACUACCCCACCCCCGACGGCACCUGCGUCCGAGACUACCUCCACGUCAUGGAUCUCGCCAAGGGCCACGUCCUCGCGCUUGACGCUAUCGCCUCCAAAUCCAUCUUUGCCUCGUGCACCUCGGCCGAGGGCAUGUACCGCGCCUUCAACCUGGGCAAGGGUAAGGGCAUGAGCGUCUUAAACAUGAUUGCGGCGAUGAAGAAGGCGAGCGGGUUCGAGUACAAGUACGAGAUUGUGGGGAGGAGACUCGGAGACGUUCCUGAUCUUACUGCCGACCCUACGCUCGCCGAGAAGGAGCUCGGCUUCGUUGCCGAGAAGAACUUGGACGAGAUGUGCCGGGACCUGUGGAACUUCCAGACCAAGAAUGGGGACGGAUACUCCAAGCAAUAG